GUUGCCUUGUGCUGCGCAGAUCCUACAUUCUGUCUAGGGGGCCCUCUGGGCUCAAACAACGCGCUGACGGUUCAAAUCAGGAAAUAAAAGCUAGAGAACGUUAUCGUUCCCCAGAUCACACAUUGCUUCGCUGCAUGCGCGCGCACACACACAGUCGCCCGGCGCUGAGCACUGCAGCGUCGGUCUGCAGGCAAACGCCGAGGUAUGGAUGUCCAAGAGAGGUUGGCAUUGGAUAUUUCCACCCGAAAUCCCCAGGACGACUUCGAGCUGCUGCAGAGAGUUGGCGGAGGGACCUACGGGGAAGUUUAUAAGGCGAAGAACAAAGGCACCGGCGAGCUGGCUGCCAUAAAGAUUGUGAAGAUGGAGUCAGACGACGACUGCGCCGCGAUCCAGCAGGAGAUCCUCAUCGUGAAGACCUGCAAGCACCAUAAUAUCGUGGCCUAUUACGGGAGCUACAUACGGUUGAACAAGCUGUGGAUCUGCAUGGAGUUCUGUGGGGCCGGAUCUCUGCAGGACAUUUACCAUGUCACCGGCCCCCUGUCAGAGCAGCAAAUCGCCUAUGUCUGCAGAGAAACAUUGCAGGGUCUGUCUUAUCUUCACAUCCAAGGCAAGAUACACAGAGACAUCAAGGGAGCCAACAUCCUCAUCAAUGACAACGGAGAAGUGAAACUUGCGGAUUUUGGGAUCUCGGCCCAGAUCAGCGCCACCUUCGCCCGCAGGAUGUCCUUCAUCGGCACCCCCUACUGGAUGGCGCCCGAGGUGGCGGCGGUGGAGCUGAAAGGCGGCUACAAUGAGCUGUGCGACAUCUGGUCCGUGGGCAUCACGGCGGUGGAGCUGGCUGAGCUGCAGCCCCCCAUGUUCGACGUCCACCCCCUGCGGGUGCUGUUCCUGAUGUCCAAGAGCGGCUACCAGCCGCCGAAGCUAAAAGACAAGCCAAAGUGGACUCCGGCCUUCCACAACUUCGUGAAGGUGACACUGACCAAGAACCCCAAGAAGCGGCCGAGCGCUGCCAAGAUGCUGAGUCACCAGUUUGUGGCCCAGCCUGGCCUGAGCCGGAGCCUGACGCAGGAGCUGCUGGAGAAGCUGCGAAACCCAGACAAGCUGCCGCGCUGCUGCGAGCCGGAGGAGGACGAGGCCGAGCUGCCACCCCCGGUGCCCCAGCGGAUCCACUCCACGCACCGGCACGCCCCGGCCGAGCGCAGCAACUCCGACAUCAACCUGCAGCCCAUCAAGAUCAGGACCCAGAGGAAGGAGCCGACGCCCGCGUGCCACGUGGAGAUCUGCCUAGACCUCAGCUCCACGGGCCGUGCCAGGGUCAACAUGUCGGACUCAGACAACGACUACGACGACGUGGACAUCGACGCUCCAGUCAGCUGCUUUCACAGACUAGACGCCUCUCUAGCCUGGGCCCAUCCCUUCCCCCGGGACAGCCCUUGUUUGUUCCCGCUCGAUGCCCCAGCAGCUGUGACCCAGCCAGGCCCAUGCUGCCAGCCGACGCUGACGUGCCACCCCCACUGCCCCCCAAGCCCAAGUUCCGGAGCCGGUCCGACGAGAUGCCCCCCGAGGAGACGCGGCCCCAGCCCGGGGGGCAGCUCCUGCAGCGCCCCAGCACCCCGGUCUCCCUGGUGCGGUGCUCCAGCGGGCCCGUGGGGAGCCGGACCCCACACCCCACCCAGCACACCGAGCCCCGCCGCUCCCACCUCUCGGCCAGCUCAGGAUGGAUCCCUCUUCAAGAAGGUCUUUAACGGCUGCCCCCUGCGCAUCACGGCCACGGCCACCUGGACGCACCCCAGCACCCAAGACCCACACCUGAUCCUGGGGGCCGAGGAGGGGAUCUUCACCCUGAACCGCAGUGAGCCGGAGGCCACAUUGGAGCUGCUCUACCACAGCCGCACCUCCUGGGUCUACUCCAUCGGCAACGUGCUCAUGUCCAUCUCGGGGAAGACCCCCCAGCUGUACUCCCACAGCCUGACCAACCUGUACGAGCAGAGCAAGAGGGAGCAGCGCCCUGGCGUGCACAUCGCCCCCCACCGGCUGCUGCCCAGGAAAAACGCCACCUCCACAAAGAUCCCCGAUACUAAGGGCUGCCGGGCCUGCUGCGUGGCCCAGCACGCGCGGAGCGGCUGCCACUACCUGUGCGGGGCGCUGGAGGCCAGCGUGGUCCUGCUCCAGUGGUACGAGCCCAUGCAGAAGUUCAUGCUGGUGAAGCACUUCGACUUCCCGCUGCCCACCCCCCUGCCCGUCUUCGAGAUGCUGGUGGGGCCGGGGGACGAGUACCCGGCCGUGUGCAUCGGGGUGAGCCCGGGCCCCUCACCCGCCCAGCCCGUCCAGUUCCACACCAUCAACCUCAACUCCCUCACCUCCUGGUUCGCCCACACCGGCGCCGACUUGUCCUGCCCCGGCCCGGUCCAGGUGAGCCAGGUGGACAGCGAGACGGUGCUGGUGCUGCUGGACAGGAGCGUGAAGAUCGUCACCCUGCAGGGCACCCUGGUGCGGAAGCUGCCGGCCCCCAGCAUCACCUUCGAUGUCGCCGUGGAGACCAUAGCGCUGGGGCAGAACUGCAUGCAGGCUUUCUGGCGCCACGGGGUGCAGGUGUGGGACUUCGCAUCGGCACAGCUGAUCAAGGAGCUGCGGGACCAACACUGCACCUUCCGGCUGCUGGGCACCCACAGCACCGUCGUUCUGGAAACACGCCCUAUGGACGACACCCACAGCAACCUCUACGUCCAGGAGUGACAGCCCCAGCCAUGGGGGGGGUCAGCCUCACCCCCCGAGAAGCUGCUCUUCCCCAGAGAACGCCCACUCCCUGGGGCCAAGGACCCACCCGGCCAUGUGGGCCACGACGGAGAAUUGGCCCCUGGUGCCCCCACCCUGCACCGAUGGGGGGGGCUGAGUGCACCCCAUGCUGCGUGGACUGGGGGGGGGCUGAGCGUGCCCCCAUGCUGAACGGACUGGAGGGGGCCGAGCGUGCCCCAGGGGUGUCACCGUUUCACCCCAUUUUCCAUACUGUGUUUGUAAUUAUUCACGAAAAAAGUAGGA